AUGCCGUGGCGUUGCCGCGCUCACUCAGCUGUGCCCAUCACUGCCUCAGCUGCCUGCCCUCCUGCCAUAAACAUGAAAGCAUUUGUUCAAUAUGUCCUUGUUAUGACCCUGGAGUAUCAGACCCUGAACGACCAGUACAAAAUUAAUCGUACCACACGACCCACUGUGGAUAUUCUAAUCAAACCAAUCAAAGUGGAGGCUGAAGGAUUCCCAAGAGAAAAAGCAUGGACCAAAUACAUUUGUUCCAGUGAUAUUAAUGAAAAUGCAGACUUUUUAGAGAUUUGGAAGGUAGAACCACCACCACUCAUUGUAGAAGACUCAGCCAGGGGUUGGGUGACUGCAGGUGGUGACCUUCUGGGACCUACACUUGAGAAUCUUGGCUCCCUUGUAAAAAUGCCAUGGUGUGGGGAACAGAAUAUGUUGAAUUUUGCACCAAAUAUUUUCAUCCUUCAAUAUCUGGAUGCUUCAAAUCAAACAACACCAGCAAUUGCAAAGAAAGCUAUUGACUACAUGCAAAAAGGUUAUGAACAGGAGCUGCACUAUCAACAUUUUGAUGGAUCCUUCAGUGCCUUUGGAUUCUCUGAUGCAUCAGGCUCAACAUGGCUCACUGCUUUUGUCCUCAAGUCCUUUGCACAAGCUCGCCAAUAUAUUCAGAUUGAUGCAUAUGAAGUGGACAUGAGCCUUGAUUGGCUGAAAUUGCGUCAGAUGGAGAAUGGAUGUUUCCAAUCUGUGGGGAAAGUCUUCCAAAAAGGCAUGAAGGGUGGUAUUGAUGGAAGUGGUUCUCCAGUACCAUUAACAGCCUAUGUGUUGAUUUCCCUCCUUGAAGCGGGUGAAGUGACAAGCAGUCGUGCAGUCAUGAAAGCAACCUUCUGUUUAGAUGCUGAUACAUCCAAUGAUCCCUACACUUUAGCUUUGAAAGCCUAUUCGCUUUCUCUCGCUGAUUCCCCUAAGGCAGAACAAGCAGUGCAGAACCUUAUUAAUAUAGCAGAAGAGACCACCAAUUUAAUGCACUGGGAGCUUCCAGCUGGUUCAGGAAAGAGUCAAGCUGUUGCUGUAGAGACAGCUGGUUAUGCAGUUCUUUCAAUGAUGACCUUAGAUGCACCCAAAUUUGAGCUUCAAGCCAGAAAAAUAGUGAAAUGGAUAUCUUCACAGAGAAAUGGCCAAGGAGGAUUCAUAUCAACUCAGGAUACUGUUGUUGCACUCCAAGCUCUGGCGAGUUUCGAGGCUCACCAAAAGAAAGAGGCUGUCAACCUGGUCAUCACUGUGGAAGGUGAAGCACUUGAGCAUGCAUUCUUUGUAGACGAAUCCAAUAAACUUCUUCAACAGCAAGUGAAUCUGCCAUCACUACCUUCCAAUGUCAUUCUGGACAUGGAGGGAGAAGGAUGUGCCCUUGUUCAGACUGUCCUGAGAUAUAAUGUUCCUGAUGCUACAGCAAGUGAUGCCUUUUCCUUGUCAGUCACCACUGAAGCAAUCGCAGAUAGGAAAUGCAUUACAAAGAAGAUUAAGGCUUGUGCUUCCUACUUAUUAUCUGAUCAGAAAUCCAACAUGGCUGUUAUGGAAUUUAACUUAAUUUCUGGAUACAUACCACAUAAAGCGGACCUUAAACAAGUUGUUGGUUAUGGAACUGGCAUAAUCAAACACUAUGAAGUUGAUGGCAGCAAAGUUAUGUUCUACAUUGAUGAAUUUUCACCUGAAGACCUUUGUGUGGAGUUCCGAGUAAUUCGGGAAAUUGAUGUUGAAGAUGCCAAGCCUGGGACUAUUAAGGUGUAUGACUAUUAUCAGCCCGAGUUCUCCAUAAGUAAGAGUUAUGUUCUACCACCUCCAGAUGAAUGCAGAAUCAGUUUGGUUCCCAUUGAAGCUAUUGCCAUUGAAGGAGAUAUCAUUGUAGAGCCAGAAAAUGGAACGACCACUCCCUCAUCAGCUGUUGGAGAUUUUGUUGCCUUAUUAGAUGAAAUGCCUUGAAGAUAAAAGAAAAAUAAGUAUAUCUAAUAGUGGCAUGCUUAUUGUAGAUCAUGUUAACUUGUUGCUAUAGUGUAGUGUUCAUAUUCACCUGUCAAGCAAAAAUUAUAUAUAUAUAUAUAUAUAUAUAUAUAUAUAUAUAUAUAUAUAUAUAUAUAUAUAUAUAUAUAUAUAUAUUGUUUUUGGUUAGGAAACAGAAAUGGAAUGGGUUAUAUGUGGAUUUAAAAAAAAAUCCUUGCUUUGGAAGAAUGAUAACGAAGCCUGUUCUUCAAAGGUAUCAGUAGUUUUAAGGUUAUUUUUAUAUGUUUUUAUUUUGUUAAAGAAUGAGGUAAACCUUAGAUACCAUAAUAUUCAGUGGUUUGAAGUGUAUGAAGGUAUACAAAUGGAUUUAAUUUUUUUUAAAGAAAAUCUGUCACAUUUUGUAUUUUCUGCAUAAACAUUGUAAAGUUGAACAUGGAACGAUUUUGUAAUAUCCCAUGGAAUGUAUCAUAAUAUUUUGGGAAGAUGUUUUACGAUGAAAUGAA